AUGUCUCACUGCAAGUUCGAGCACCCCCGCCACGGCCAUCUCGGCUUCCUUCCGCGCAAGCGCUCGCGCCAGAUCCGCGGCCGCGCGCGCGCGUUCCCGAAGGACGACGCGACACAGAAGCCCCACCUCACGAGCUUCAUGGUGUUCAAGGCCGGUAUGACGCACAUUGUGCGUGAUGUUGACCGCCCUGGAUCGAAGGUGAACAAGAAGGAGGUGGUGGAGCCGGUGACGAUCCUGGAGGCGCCGCCGAUGGUGGUGGUCGGCAUUGUGGGCUACCGCCAGACCCCGGUGGGCCUGAAGACGAUGGGCACCGUGUGGGCGCACCACACGAGCGUGGAGUUCCGUCGCCGCUACUACAAGAACUGGAAGCAGUCUGCGCAGCUUGCCUUCUCU